AUGGACGCUCUCCCUCCGUUUUAUCGAUCUGUGAUGACGGCUUGGAUUGCUUUGGAACGGAAGUUUGUGGACAAUGAAUACGUCAUUUGCGGUCCUCGGAAAUCUGUGGCCACGCUUGAACAGCUCUUGGCAAGUUUCGUCUAUGACACCCUGUCUCGCCAACAUCGUAAGCAACAUCGAUGCGUCGAAAAGUAUGCGAAUUGGGGUCUUCCAGUCGAUUGGUCAAAUGUUUGGUUGUCCCUUCUUCUCUGGCGUUUUAUAAGACCGGUUCGGGACACUUUCUGGCUGAUUGCGCAUGGUAUUCUUCCCACCGCCGAUCGUUUGCUGCGCUUUGGAAUGCGCGUUGGCCCGUUGUGUCACUGUGGCCGAACGGGAGUCCCUCAUCCACCUUUUUACUGACUGUCCAUUUGCUAUUAAACUUAUCGAUUGGUAUUUUUCUGUCUAUAAACGUUUCCGACCACAGUCCCAACGUCCUUCUAAAUGCGAUCUUCUUGUUGGUUAUGGCAAGAAAGUAAAGGUAACCUCCCGUAUUUCCAAGUUUGUUGGGAAUUAUUCGCCACCACAUUUGGUUAACCAGGAAUAAAGCCAGGUUUGAUAAGGUGAUACCGCAUUAACCUACGGUCCUAUCGCGUGUCAAGUCUGCCUUACGGUGUGCGAUCCGUGUUCAGCAGCGUCAUUGUUUGCCGGCCAAUUUCUCCGAUUUCUGGUUGGCGAGUGGUGGUGUCGGCAAUUUGUCCGCUGGGGACAUUAUUGCUUUUGCGGCGGAGUUUCGCGAUUAAUUUGUCUAAAUGUUUCUCGGAGGCGCGGUGGUCGCCUUCAUUGGUUGCUACUGCCGUUGUCUUUUGAGAUGUGUAGGUAUCUAUCUCUCUGGGCACGGGGAUCGCCUUCAUUGGUGUUGUCUUCGUUGUCCUUUGAGUUGUGUUGGUACUCUUGUCAGUCAAUGUUUUCAAACUUCGGCCUUUUUGGCUGUUGUUUAUGAUGUUUUAAUUGUGUUAUUUUGUUGAUAUGUCAUGUGGCUUGUAAUGUCGUUUUGUUUUGUUUCGUUUCGUUUCGUUUUGUUUUGUUUUGUUUUGUUUUGUUUUGUUUUGUUUGUGUUUUAAUAGGCGCAGUGGUCUCCUUUAUUGGUGUACUGCUGUGGCCUCCUUUUUGAAUUAAUGUUGGCCUGUGGUUAGUUCGGACUUUUGUUCGGAUAGGUUGCACAGGUAUCUGGUAGACUCGGAGGGUUGUUCAUGAUGAUUCAAACUCAGUUAACAUCAUUCCCGUUCAUCCACUAUCAUAGGAUUAUGGAUCCCUGGGCAUGACGAUGCUCAGCAUCCGAUUGUUCAGGUCAUUCAUGUUUGUCUGAUGGCACGGGGGAGAGGGUCGUACUCUCUGUUGGUUUGCUUGCUGUGUAGCAACCCCCUGGGUGCGGCGAUGUCACGGGCUCAGGUUCAAUUGCACCGUCGGGACCAGAUCAGCAAUGAUCAAGGCCUUUCGUCGUUCAACUCAAAAUAAAACUAAACGCAUGCUUUGAGGGAAAUUAGUGAUUAAAUGACCCCGCAAACCUCGGGAGGUUUAGUAAAAGUUACUAAACCUCCCUCGAUUUGUGGGGACAUUUAAUCACUAAUUUCCCUCAAAGCAUGCGUUUACUUAUAAUAAUUUUGCUAAAAAUUCAUAAGGCUCUGUGGAGGAGAGUGAUAUCGCGUCACAACACGCGGACUAAAAGGUGUUCGAUCUUGUUGAUCAUAAAGUCAUAAUAUGCGAGCUGGAAAAUCUCGGUGUACAUCCUGCCAUAGUGAGGUGGAUCAAAGGUUUUGUUAGCAAUCGUGAACAGUGUGUGCGAAUUGGAAACUCAUACUCGUCGUGGAAGAAAACAAACGGUGGCCUACCACAAGGAACAAAACUAGGACCGCUGCUUUUUGCAGUCGUUGUAAAUUCUUUGUUAAAGGAUUGGCCUGGAAGAGUCAAAUUCGUCGAUGAUACUACGGCCUUGGAAAUAAACCCAUGAUGUUCACCUAGCUUCCUACCAAUUAUCGUGGACCAAAUAUUCGAUUAUGCAAACGAACGAUGAAUAAGACUAAAUCCAAAGAAAUGCAAAGAUAUGGUUAUUAUACGUUUCUAAGUAUAAACUAAUAGAAAAUGACAUUUUUAUAGGCGGUGAUGUGGUGGAGAGAGUCUCCAGUUUUAAACUACUAGGCGUGUGGUUGACUAACAAUCUUUCGUGGGAUAUACACGUAGAUAAAAGUUUAAAGAAAUUAAGCAAAUUCACGCAUCUAUGCUUUACGCCUAUUAAAGAAAGCUGGACUGAGCCCUUUAAACAUUGUUCAUAUUUAUUGUGCAGUUAUAUAAGAUCCCAAUUGGAAUAUGCAUCACCAGUUUGGUCCGCUCUUCCAAAGACAUUAUCAGACAUUAUUGAGUCGGUGCAAAAAAGAGCUUUAAAAAUCGCGUAUCCUACUCAUUCUAAUGAUGAAGCAUUACAGAAUAGUAACAUUAAACUACUGAGUACAAGAAGAGAAGAAGAAUGCAUGUUAGAAAUGAAUUAA